AUGGCAGCAACUUCUAAACCCUAUCAUCUUCUCUCUUAUUAUCCCACAUUAAUCUUUAUCAUCACUUACAUUUGUACUGUCAUCCUCAUAUCCUUCACCAAGGCAAAUGAGAAACUUGGUUUUAGUGUAGAACUCAUUCAUAGAGAUUCUCCAAAUUCUCCAUUCUUCGAUCACUCCACAACACCAUUGCAGAAAUUAUCCUCUGCUCUUCAUCACUCCAUGAACCGUGCUACUCAUUUCUUCUCCUCCAAACCUAAUAAAACCCUAGCUCAUCUCCACGACGACGAUCCUGAAUCUGAAAUAACAUAUGCUAGUGCAGAACACAUCAUGGCCUAUUCCGUCGGAACGCCGUCGUUUCAAACCUACGGUGUCUUCGACACAGGCAGUGAUUUUAUUUGGUUACAGUGUCACCCUUGUUACGAAUGUUACAACCAAACAAUCCCUUUGUUUGAUUUAUAUCGUCAUUCGUCAACGUAUAGAAACUACAAUUGCCAUGUCAGUGAGUGUGAAUCUGUGGAGCCCUCAGUACACGACACACAUUGUGAUGUCGUUUGGAACUGCGCCUUUGAAAUGCGGUAUUUGGGUCGUUCAACUGCGAUGGGGUUGAUCGCUCACGACACACUCACGCUUGCUUCGACGACUGGUUGUGAAGUGUCGUUUACUAAGACCCUAUUUGGUUGUGCGCAUAAAACUGUCGGAAACUUUGUUCCUGAGAGUUCUGGUAUUGUUGGUCUGGGACGAGGUCGUUUCUCGUUGAUCUCACAAAUGGGCUCUUCUGUUCAACGGAGGUUCUCGUACUGUUUGACUUCUCCAUAUUUAUCAUCAAGUGGGAGUAACAGUAAGUUGCAUUUUGGACAAAACGCUGUCGUUUCUGGACCUGGGACUGUCUCCACACCGCUCGUAUCAUCAGGAGAUUACUCAAACGAACACUAUUAUGUUAUCUUGGAAGGAGUUAGUGUGGAAGACACAAAAAUAGAGUUUGACGGAGGUGGGAAGACAGCCUCAUCAAUAGUGGAGGGCAAUGCAGUAAUUGACUCAGGGUCAAGAAUGUCAUUAUUGCCGGAAAAUUUGUACUACCAUGUGGAAUCAGAAGUGGCAAAAAGGAUUAAGCUGAAUCGCAGUGAUAAUCCACACAAACCUUUCAAACUUUGCUAUGAAUCAGAAAGCAUUGAAAGUGUUAAAGCUCCAAUUAUAACGGUUCAUUUUAGAGGUGCAGAUGUGAAGCUAAGUCCAAUUAAUAGCUUCCUUCUUGUUUCUCAAAAUGUAGCGUGCUUUGCUUUUGCCAGCUUCUCAGAAAUAGACAUGGGGCUCAUAGGUAACUUGGCUCAGAUUAACUUGUUGGUUGGGUUUGACUUUCAAAACAAUAUUGUCAACUUUAAGCCUAUGGAUUGUACCAUGCUCUGA